AUGAGUUUAUGGAGUGAUUUCGUGCACUUAUUCUUCACCGUCAAUGGGAAAGGAUUAGCGAUUACUGGAUUUUUGUUAUUCAUCGCCGAAACGGUCAUAACCUACGGGAUUAUUCAGAAAGUACCUUAUACGGAGAUUGAUUGGUCGACUUACAUGCAACAAGUUGAAUGUUUUGUGAAAAAACAUGAACUCAACUACUCGAAAAUUGAGGGAGAUACAGGUCCUAUUGUAUAUCCCGGUGGGCAUUUAAUUGCGUAUCGAAUGUUCUACACGUUGACAAAUAAGGGGAAAGAUCUUCGACUGGGGCAAUAUAUUUUCAUGUUUCUUUACUUGGUCAAUUUACUUAGUGUGUUUCGUCUUUAUUGGAAGUCGAAUAAGAUGCCUCCAUUUGUGUUGUGUUUAUUGACAUUGACAGGAUAUCGAAUUCACUCGAUUUUCGUCCUUCGUAUGUUCAACGAUCCCGUGGCCAUGAUGCUCUUCUACAUUGCAUUGAAUUUUCUCAUUUCACAACAUUGGUUGCUUGGAGCUCUAUUUUAUAGUGCUGCUUUCUCGAUUAAGAUGAACAUUUUCUUGUAUACGCCGGCGUUGGGAUGUCUUUUAUUGUUGAACAAAGGAAUUUGGUGGACGAUUGUUUAUGGAGCUGCUGCUGGGGUUUUACAGUUCUACGUUGGCCUGCCAUUUCUUCUACACGAUCCAUGGUCUUAUAUCAAGCGAUCCUUUGACAUUGGACGAGUAUUCUUUUUCAAAUGGACCGUCAAUUGGAGAUUCUUAUCAGAAGAUUUUUUCUUAAAUCAAUACUUCCAUCUGACACUAUUAGUCACGAUGUUGGUUCUCUGGCUGGUGUUCGGAUUUGCGAUGUGGUUCAGAACCGGUGUCGCUGAUACAAUGUUUGCGAUGUUUACGUGCAAUCUGAUCGGAAUUGCGUGUGCCCGUUCGCUUCACUAUCAGUUUUAUUCUUGGUACUAUCAUCAGCUCCCGUUUCUUCUUUUUUUUAAUUAUCCUGCUCCAGCUGAUACCAAAGCAAAUUUUAAUGUGCCUUGGAUUUCGAUAAUUUGGAAAGUUUUGGUCUUGCUCUGUGUGGAAUGGUGUUGGAAUACGUACCCUUCGACAAAUGCUUCAUCUUUAGUGUUGCAUCUAAUUCAUUUCGGGAUUCUUGCCUAUUUGGUCUACACUCGGCAAAUGCACAUCAAACGCAAGAAUAAAGUCAUAAGCAAAACUUUGAUGUUAAGGACUUUCGUACGACCCAUACUUCAAUGUCGUUCACAGACCUCAUCGAGUGGAACUACAGAAGCACUUUUGGCGCAAAUGAGGAUAUUCGAUCGCGAACUCAAACAAAAACAACGCGAUUGGGCCGUUCAACAGCCAAACUAUGUGGCGGCGACCAGUUUAAGAGAAGAAAUUGGAUGGAGGAUUGCGGAUAAAGUCUUUGAUCUAACAAAAGUUAACGAGAGGGUGCUUGACAUCGGUUGUGGGACAGGUUUUAUAGCGCCUCAUUUGAUAAAAGAAAACGUCCGUCAUCUCGUUCAGUGUGAUAUUAGUGAGGAAAUGGUGAAACGAAGCAACGGUUGCUUAGAUGAAGGGGUAACGGUAGAAAGAGUUGCGUGUGAUGAGGAAACACUGGCUUCAUUUGCACCGGCAUCAUUCGAUUUGCUGUUAAGCUCCUUAUCCGCACAUUGGAUCAACGAUUUGCCAGGAUGGUUUAGACGAUGUUUUUCAUUAUUAAAAGAAGAUUGUCCUUUCAUUGGAUGUAUGUUGAUGGAGGAUACGCUUUACGAGUUGAGAUGUUCGUUACAGUUAGCGGAGCUUGAACGAUUAGGAGGCGUCGGAGCGCAUAUUUCUCCAUUUGUGAAGGCAAACGACGUUGGUAGUCUUCUUGGAAAAGCCGGAUUUGAACUAGUGACGUUAGAUACCGAUGAUGUACAGAUAGGAUUUCCAAAUAUGUUUGCACUACUUUACGAUCUGCAAUUGAUGGCAGAGUCUAAUUGCACUUACAAACGAUCAUCAAGUAUACGAAGGGAUGUGCUGUUAGCGGCGGAGGCAAUUUAUAAAUCGAUGUACGCGAAGGAUGAUGUUUAUCCGGCGACUUUUCGAAUAGUUUCUUGGAUUGGAUGGAAACCAGGUCCGAAUUCGCCAAAGCCAGCAAAAAGAGGCUCACAAAACGCCUCAUUGAAGGACAUCUCAAAGAUGGUCGAAGAUCCCGAAUAUCAGAAGAAGCUAUCAGAAGAGCACGACAAGAAAAAGAAA